AUGCUAUUUUCGAUACUUGGACCCGACAAUGUCUCGUUGUCUGCUGCCGUAGUCGAGUUGCUUUUUGUCGAAAACAGACAGUGGAAACUCACAUUUCGAGGCGUUAUAUCGCUAGUGAAGCUUCUAGGAUUACCAGAACCGGGCAUAUUUUCUACGCCUGUACGACAUUUUGAGCACUCGGAAAUUGUGGGACUUCAGACUGUAAGUUUUUUGUAUAGAGGAUUUCAAGCUGGCCUUUAUGCCAAUUGCCCAUGUUUGUUAACUUUCGAGGAUGAAUCGCAUCGACAAGUUUAUGGUCUGAAUUUUGCUUCUGUUGAGGAAGCUCAGGAUUUCAAAGGACAUUUGGAUAAGCGCCGUGAACAAGAAGGCAAAUCAGGUAACCUUUCACCUUUUUGUUACUAUUCCGAUUUUUAG